UCUGUUGGAGAGUUGAAAUCUCCCUUUCAGCCCCGUAAAGCCAAACAUCCAACCUCUCGAGAAAUCGGAGACUCCGGGAAAUCCAGCCUCUCUUCGUGCGGUUAAUUUGCCGGUGAUUUGUUUCCUUCCCUUCGAUCUUCCGCCGGAGAUCGGAGAUCCCUUUGAUCGCGGAGAGAUUCCGACCUGAGGCCUGCCGGAGUUGAAAAGUUUCGGCGACCUAGGGUUUGGGCGAAGAGGUCUCUGAUACGGUUGGGUUCUGGGUUUUUGUUAUUUAUCGUUGUAUUCGAUGGCGUCGGAGGAUGUGAAGACGAGCGAAUCUGCGGUUUCGACGAUCGUGAAUCUGGCGGAGGAGGCGAAGCUGGCGAGGGAGGGAGUCAAGGCCCCGAGCUAUGCCGUUCUUAGCAUCUGCAAGUCUCUCGUCGCCGGUGGAGUAGCUGGUGGAGUGUCAAGAACUGCGGUGGCUCCUCUAGAGAGACUGAAGAUUUUACUACAGGUUCAAAAUCCGCACAGUAUAAAAUACAAUGGAACAAUUCAAGGUUUGAAGUAUAUAUGGAGAACCGAAGGUUUUCGUGGAUUGUUCAAAGGCAAUGGUACUAACUGUGCCCGCAUCGUUCCAAACUCAGCAGUCAAGUUCUUCAGCUAUGAGCAGGCUUCAAAGGGGAUACUCUACCUCUAUCAACAGCAAACAGGGAAUGAUGAAGCUGAGCUUACACCUCUUUUACGUCUUGGAGCUGGAGCUUGUGCUGGAAUAAUUGCCAUGUCUGCUACUUACCCUAUGGACAUGGUGCGCGGGAGGCUUACUGUCCAGACAGAAAAAUCUCCUUAUCAGUACAGGGGAAUGGUCCAUGCUUUAUCAACUGUGCUGCGUGAGGAAGGACCAAGAGCGUUGUACAGAGGCUGGCUUCCAUCUGUUAUUGGAGUUAUUCCAUAUGUGGGCCUUAACUUUGCAGUCUACGAAUCUCUCAAAGAUUGGCUGGUUAAAGCAAGACCUUUUGGGAUUGCUGACAACUCUGAGUUGACAGUGACCACAAGGCUUGCUUGCGGAGCCGUUGCCGGAACAAUCGGACAAACCGUUGCAUACCCUCUUGAUGUUGUUCGAAGAAGAAUGCAGAUGGUUGGAUGGAAAGACGCUUCCACAGUUAUAACAGGUGAUGGGAGAGGGAAAGCUCCCCUCGAAUAUUCUGGAAUGAUCGAUGCGUUUAGGAAAACUGUUCGUCAUGAGGGUGUUGGAGCACUUUACAAGGGUUUGGUCCCUAACUUCGUCAAGGUUGUCCCGUCCAUCGCAAUUGCCUUCGUGACAUACGAGAAGGUGAAGGACCUUCUCGGAGUUGAGUUCAGAAUCUCGGAUUGACAUGCACUCAUAUUUUUGGGCUCACAUCGAACUGAUCAUCACAUCACGAAUUAGGGUUUUUUUCCCCCUUUGUUUGGUUGCUUCCCUUCACUUUAUUUUGCUGUGUGCGCAUCAACAGUUGUUCUGCUUCUUAGCUUC